UGUCUCUGCCGUCGCGUGGGCGUUUUUGCAGCCUGGAAACGAUUUGGAUGCGAGCUGCCAGGCGAGAUACACAAAACACACGGAAGGAAAACGAGAAAACGCAGCUGCAGCUGCUGCAGCAGUCGCAGUCGCAAAUCCCAACAAAUUUGAUUACUGCUGGUCUGCAUGGAUCUGCUGCAGGAGGAUCAUCUAUAUGUGGCCAUCCUUAGCCUUCUGGCUUUGGAAUUCUAUUGCCUGCUGCGCUUCUUUGUCGUCGUCUACAACAUUUUCGAUUGCAUUUUGGCCAACAUUGGCAUUUGGCUGAACAGCAACUAAACAGAACGACAACAACAACAGCAACAACAACAGAGCUUUAUCAUCAAACUAACGGUAUAUAUGUAAAUAUAUUGAAGAUGGCUGGAAGUAGUCCACGAGCUGGUUGGCCACAUCGCAUGAAGAGCUUUCAGUCCAAGCAGGCGGACAUCAAUUGGCUGAUCAUGAAGUAUCUAGUGGCUGAAGGCUAUUUGGAUGUGGCCCAGGGAUUCGAAGCAGUGGCGCGCCUGGAAUCUGAAACGACACAGCUGGACCCAGUGGAGCAUCAGAAACGUAUUAAGGACGCUGUGCGCACCUCUCAGGUUCAAUAUGCCAUUGAUAUGGCCAAAAGGCUGUAUCCGAAACUAUUUGAGAGCGAGAACUACAUGUACUUUCACAUGCAGCAGCUGCAUCUCAUUGAGCUCAUCCGCGAGAGCAACAACUACAACAGCAACGCUUCCAUUAAAACGGAACUAGAACUAGAAGUAGAACGGACCGCAAAAGGUUCCGUCGAGGAGAAACGAGAACUGGACUCAGCUCUGCGCAGAGGCGGUCAGACUGCCUGCAUGGAGCCCAAAAUGAUGUUCCUGGUGAAGCUAAUACUCUGGGCGCAGCAGAAGCUCGACAAGGACGGCUGCGCCGUUAGAUGUGAGGCAUUCGAUCUCGAGAUGAAUGACUUUGAGUUCGAGCUGAAGAGGGCUAUGCAAAACAAUUAGAUCAGUCGAUCCAACGAUAAGGCGAACAUCUGAUGCCUACCGCUAAUUAUACAAAUAUUAAAAAAAAUAUAUUUAGAUAUAUUAAUG